CUACCACUAAAAGGAGCCCACAUCACCUCAUAAUACAGCAAUCCCUCUCCACAAGGAUCAGAUAGAUUCUUCAUUUUCAUCUCACUAACCAACAAAACCUAAUUAUUGAAUCAUAAGAAACCAGUGUCUCAACCCACCAAACUUGGUUCUGUUGUGUGUGGUUCACAGACACCACAAACACUUUCAACUCAUGAAAGCCCUCAUAAGCAGUUCUUGUUCCAAGGCCAUAGUUGGGAGCCUUGGAUCACAUAUUUAUCAUAGGACAGGCGGUGGUGGUGUUGUUGCUGCUCAUGUUCCUGGGAGAGUUGAGUUCUGCUUCUCACUGAGAUCAAGAAAUGACAAAAGGGGCUGCAGCUUUUGGUUCCUUAAGAAAAAGGGUGUAACCCCAAUUCUUUCAGUGCCACCAAAAACUGAGGUGGAAUUGGAACCAUCAGAGCCAGAUUUGGAAACUGUAGAGCCUCAAGCUCAAAAAAGUGAACAAACAAAUGAAUCAAAGUUUGUACAUGUAACAUUUCAGUUGCAAAAGGAUUGCUUCUUUGGCGAACAGUUUCUAAUAGUUGGAGAAGAUCCUAUGCUUGGUUCUUGGGACCCUUUAGAGGGAUUACCAAUGGCCUGGUCUGAUGGGCAUGUAUGGACUGCGAAUCUGGAUAUUCCUGCUGGAAAGUCAAUUCAGUACAAGUUUAUACUGAAAAGAAAAGCAGGGAAGAUUGUGUGGCAACCGGGCAUGAAUCGAAUCAUCAACAUUUCAGAAAAUAUGAAUAGAAUAAUUGUUAGUGAGGAUUGGGAGAAGGCUGAACUUCAGGAAAUAAUAGAGGAAGAUCAAAUUGCUCAAUCAAAUGAGGAACUUCAAGUUGUCUCAGAAACAUCUACUUUAGCUGAAGAUUCAGAUAUUCCUAAAGAGGAACUUGUUUCCGGCUUGUCCGAAGCAUCAGACCUUGAAGCUAACCAAAGCCAAACUCAUGAUGCAGAGAAUCCAAUUACUGAAGAACCUGAGGUGCAGAAACCCAGCAGUGAUAGUAUUUCUUACUCAACGGAGAUGCCAUUGGCUAUUGUUGCGGAAAACAUUGGUUCUUUUGAGGAUUCCAGCAACAAUACAAGUUAUGAGAACAAUUUAAGCAAUAUUCAACUGAACGAGAGUUUGAGUUGCCCUUAAUGUGCUCAAUUUCAAAAUAAAAAAUGCUUAAGAUAGCUUGUUAUUUGGCAAAAAUUUGUUUUGAUGCAAGAUUUUUAAUAUCUUUUUGUAAGACUUCUUUGGCUUUCUUUGGCCGAUUUACAAUCAACUCGGACUAAAAAUUUUUAAUUGAGUAAAUCAUAUUGAAAUUUUGUGAUGCACAAAACUAUGGCUAAAAUUUCUUUUUUUA